UGGGAUAAGAUUAAUGAAGUAUUUGUUAAAUCAAAAAAUAAAUGCUCCCAUAAGAAUUUUUGGGUCAGUGAAAAUGCUUUUAUAAAGAAAAAAAACUUAUUUGACUUUAUAGAGUACUAUGAUAGUAUAAAGAGUAAAUUAGUUGAAUUGGAUACAUCGGAAAAGGAGAAAUAUUGUGAAUACAUAAAGAAAAAUUUCGAGUUAUAUUUUGUUAUGAAACAUGAGGACAGUUGUAAAAAUACUUCAGUCUAUGAUGAAGAAAAAAGUAUUUUCAAAACUAAAUUUAUUGAUAAUAAUGAGGAAGUAGAAUUCUUAAAAAAAAUCUGUAAUGAUAAAUAUCUAGAGGCUAUAGAGAAAGUAUACAGUAAUGAGGUUAUAUUAACUGUACCUAAUGAAUUUGAUGCAAAUACGCAGGUAAAUUGUAAUUAA